AUGAGACGUUAUCGAUAUUAUAUCAAAUAUAAUAUUUAUUAUCGAUUUACAAUGAAAUUAAUAAAAGAAAUUCUUCGUAAAAAUGAAAUUAAACAUAUACAUGUCGAAGUCGUCGAUGUCUUACUAAUUAUUGGUUUUAAAAAUGAAAUGCUGAAACAACAAUAUCAGCAGCAAUUAUCGGAAGAAUUAUUUACACGUCAUAAUUAUUAUCAACAACGUCGUCAUCAUCAACAUCAUCGUGAACAAUAA